AGUCCCGUGUCCAGUUGUGGAGCAUCCAACACAAGGGUCUGGAACAGCUGGAAUAGCAGCACAGCCUUCAGGGACGCCAGUGGCAGCAGCGCCAUCGCUCCCCGUUGCCAGGCGAAGCUCCCAAACGAGCCUUUGUUUAUCGGAGCAGUGGGGGACCGGAGCCGAGAGAGCAGGGCGGGGAUCGGAGCUAACGCGACAGUGCCGAGAGCAGCGCCGGGAUCUCGGCUUUGCAGUUUCCGGGCUCCGUUGUUGGGCGGCCCCAGGCUCCUUCCCACUCUGUCCGGCCGCGGGGCUGGCAGCGGACUGCGACCCUCAGCAUAGAGCCUCAGCAGGCGCUGGGCCAGAGCCGCCCAGAGUUCGAAAUGCAGCAGGAAGAGGAGGAGAGGAAUAAAGAGAAAGAGGAAAAGGAGGAGAAGAAGCAGGAGGAGGAUCAGGAGGAAGAGGCGGAGAAAAAGAGCGAGCAGCAGGAGGAAGGUGAAGGUAAAGCUGCCGCGGACGCCUCUGUGCCAGCCGAGCGGUGCCUCGAGUGCGGGCAGAGCCUCCCGCCCGGCUGGCAGCCGGGGAAGCAGCAGCAGUGCCUCCAGCCUGGCACCCAGCGCUUCAUCUGCACCCACUGCGCCCAGAGGCGCUCUGGGUUCCUCCGGCGGCAGCGCAGAAGCACCCAGGCGGGCACCAAGCCGCGAUUUAGCUGCGAUGAGUGUGGCAAGAGCUUUGCCAGCAGGUCUGCUCUCAGCCAGCACCACCAACGCCAUACUGGGAAGAAGCAGUUCCCUUGUGGCGACUGUGGCAAGGGCUUUACCAACAGCUCUGAUCUCCUCGAGCACUGGCACGUCCACAACGGGGAGAAACCAUACAGCUGCAGCGUCUGUGGCAAGAACUUUGCCCCCAGGUCCACUCUCAGCUGCCACCGAGCAGUGCACACCAGUGAGAAGCCGCACAGCUGCGGCGACUGCAGCAAGAGCUUCGCCAGCAUCUCCCACCUUAAAAGGCACCGCCUGGUGCACACUGGUGAGAGGCCGUACAGCUGCGGUGUCUGUGGCAAGGGCCUUGCCAGCAGGUCUACUCUCCGCUACCACGUUGCCAUCCACACUGGGGAGCUGCCGUACGGCUGCGGUGUCUGCGGCAAGAGCUUUGCCAGAAGUUACAAACUCAGCCAUCACCUCCUUAUCCACAGCGGGGAGAAGCGGCACAGCCGCGCUGACCGCGGUGUGACCAUCACCAGUACUGUCCGACUCAACAGUCGCCACCGCAUCCACAGUGGGGAGAAGCGGCACAGCCGCGCUGACCACGGAGUGACCAUCACCAGCACUGUCCGACUCAACAGUCACCACCGCAUCCACAGCGGGGAGAACCUGUUCCACUGCUCUGACUGUGGCAAGAGCUUUGCCCACAGUACCAGCCUGAUCUAUCACCGGUGCCAAGACCCCUACAGGCCUAUAUAGAGCCCUACAGAGCUGCCCAGACCCCCGUAGGCCUAUAUAGAGCCCUGGAGACCUGCCCAGACCCCUAUAGGCUUAUAUAGAGCCCUACAGAGCUGCCCAGACCCCUAUAGGCCUAUAUAGAGCCCUACAGAGCUGCCCAGACCCCUGCAGGCCUCCACACCGGGGAGAAGCCCUACAGCUGCAGCGACUGCGGCAAGA